AUGCAAUGGCCAACCCUAAUCGAUGCAUUAGCUAAGAGGCCUGAAGGGCCUCCUAGCUUACGCAUAUCAGUCCCUUCAUGGAGGCCACUAGUGCCACCAUUUCUUAAUGUACUAACAGAAGAAGUAGAAGAAUCUUCCUUGAACUUUAACUAUGAAUUUCUUUUAACCCAAGAAAAUCUUGUACAAAAUGAUGAGGCGUUAGUGAUUAAUUGCCAAAAUUGGCUACGCUACAUGCCCGAUAUAGCUUCUUCAAAAGAUUCAUUCCUUGAGAUAGUGAAGACAUUGAACCCUCGUAUCAUAACAAUCGUAGAUGAAGAUUCCGAUCUAGGAUCAUCAAGUUUAGCAUCAAGAAUUACCACAUGCUUUAAUUUCUUGUGGAUCCCAUUUGAUGCAUUGGAAACUUUCUUGCCAAAAGAUAGUUUCCAAAGAAUGGAGUAUGAAGCCGAUAUUGGCCAUAAAAUCGAAAAUAUUAUUGGCUUUGAAGGUAGACAAAGGAUAGAAAGACUUGAAUCAGGAGCCAAAUUUUCACAAAGAAUGCGGAAUUUAGGGUUUUUCAGUGUACCAUUUGGUGAAGAUUCGAUUAAUGAAGUGAAAUUCUUGCUAGAUGAACAUGCUAGUGGUUGGGGAAUGAAGACCGAAGAAGACAUGAUUGUGCUCACAUGGAAGGGUCAUAACUCAGUCUAUGCCACCGCAUGGUUCCCUUAUAAGUUUGAUGAUUAA